CGAGCGAGCAUCGUCGUCGACCGGCGGCUCCGUCAUGGCAACCUUUCGCGAAAUUGGCCAUUGCAUCUGGCAAGCGGUGGGCAGUGUGCCGACUGGGAAGCAUGUGACAGUCUUGGGAGGGGUGCACGGGAACGAACUGACUGGAGUUCACGUCGUCGAGUGGCUCAAGAAGAGAUGUCCGCCUCUGCUGUCUGGGACGCUGACGCUCAUCUUGGGCAACCCAAAGGCUAUUGAAUUGAACCAGCGUGGGAGCGCGCCGCACGCGGAUUUGAAUCGAUGCUUCACGAUGUCUGUCCUCGACUCAUCGUCGACCGACUCGUCCCAGCCGUACGAACAAGCACGGGCGCGAGAAAUCGCGCCGUUCCUGCAGCAAAGCGAUUUGGUGCUGGACCUCCAUGCCACGAACAAGCCGUCGGAACCGUUUUUGAAAAUGGCCGGACCGCUCACCCCACAGCACUACGCCGUCGGCCGGUGGUUUCCGUGCAACGUCCUCCUUCACGACCCGUUGUACAUCCUGGCCGGCGGAAUCGCAUUGACGGACGAAUACACGGGAGCUCACGGUGGCGUCGGCAUGAUCUUUGAGAGCGGGAUCGCCGGCGACACAUCUCGCGCCGAGCUCGUGUUCGAGUCGGUGAUACGCAUCUUGGCCAACGAAAUGUCCAUGGUGGCCGGCCCACCCGUCCAUGCCGCCCCAACCCCCCCAAACACUGUAUUCGAGAUUACCGAGGUCUUUCGGCUUCCCUCGUCUGGGUUUGAGUGGGCCAACGGUCACGGCGCCACCAAUUUUGAACACGUGCCUGCUAACCACGUCAUCGGGACGUUCAGCGACGCAGUCGUCCAGGUGCCUUACGAGUCGUACAUUGUGUUUCCCAAAGUCCCGUCGCUGUGGCAAGUUGGGUCGUAUGUGCACGACGUUGUUGAGAUUUUUGCGCUUACGUGUGCUGGUAGGCCCUUGGGGUGGCUGGCCAAGCGAGUUUGCGUAGGCCACCCACGAGAAUGACCGGAACAACACUGUCGAGGGUCGUGAGUGCGGCAUGCUGCGCUACGUCGCAUGCGCAUCGUUCGAGUCUUGCAUGGUCGCUGUUUUGCCAGCAGCGUCGUGGGUGCAUCGAGGGAGCGGACCUGUUGCAACGGCUUGGUCCAUGAUCCGGCGCACGAAUGCAAUCGCGGCGGUCCGUGCCGCCAGAUGUGGCCCAGGUUGGCUUGUUGGCGCCGCCGUCGCACUCGGGACGCCCGUUAGCCGCCCCUGCCACCUGCGUGCUGCAGCCGCCUUGGACAUGGAUGCCUUUUCACCGACGGUCGUCACACAGUCAUGGCGCGAGUGGGUUGUGACGACGGCGGCGUUGCGCCACGGUGGGAAAUGCCGUCGUGCGAACGAAUGCUCGCUCCACGUCAAUCGUUUCCAGCCAUCGCACGCAACGUUUUUCCUUUGUCUCGAGGCCCGCCAUGCUCGACAGCGGUGGGAGAACGCGCUGCAUCGGCUGCGAUCGCAACGUCUGUGGCGGCGUUUCGCUGGACGAACCAUCGGACCAUGACGACGACGGGAUGGACAUUGCGUCGAAAUGGUGGUGCCGUGCUGCUUUCGUGCGUCCGGCGCCGCUCCGGACGUUGCGUUGCCGAGCACUUCAACGUCGACUUGGCGGACGUCGACAGAGGCUUCCGCCACGCGGUUCUCCACCGAGAUCAACAACGAGGGAUGGCCGGAGGAGCGCCGAACCUGGAGGACGACAGGUGCGGCGCGGCAGGUGGCCGCAUGCGCCUCCGCACGUUCGUUGAUGGGCGGUGGUGGGCAACUCGUUUCGUGCCAAGUUGCGUCGCACUCGCCAUGGGAUUUUUCUUCGGGAAUUUGGUCCAUGCGGCGGCACGGGCGAUGAUGCAUCUCGGCGAUCGUGACGUCAUCGGACGCGUGCACGUGAUGGCGUACCGUUUCUGGGAGAGUCGGCAUGCUUGCCGCGACCUCAUUGUUCGUCACGACUGGCGCACGAACGGGCGACCGGCCUUUCUUUGCCAGCAACGACGUCAGCUUGUCCAUGGGUCGGCGCACCGCGAAGGAGCGGGUGCCUCGCGGUGCCGCGGAAUCGGAGGCGGCCAUCGCCUCCGACGGCGGACGUCGCGCGUGUGAUGACCGAGCGGGCUGCGGGCUCAACAGGAUCGUCUGGAGCGACUUCAUCGUGUUUUUGACGAUCCGUAACCCGACAUACGCAAACUAGAGGCCGUCGGGAGGCAGCAGCACACGUCCGAGAAGCACGUACCAGCACGCCAAGGAAGAUGGCCGACCCCGACGCGGUGAUGAGCGCGACGAGGUACGACAGGGACAGGUACACGUUGAGGAAUUGCGUGAACCACUACGAACCAUCCAUUGAUGUAUCGGUGAGAAACGGACGGUCGUGGAGCGUCGGUACGAGGGACAGCAAAAAGAGGCUGAGCGCGCCAAACAUGGCAGACAGCACGAUGAACGUGAUGGCGGUGUACAAUGCGUGGCUUGCAUUGCUCGCUUCGACCAGGCUCAGCUUGAUCUCGUCGACUUUUUCAUCGACGACUUGGUUCGCGAGCGCCGUCAGCAUGUCGAGGAGGUCGCGCUGCUUGUCGCCGGAACGCCGCGGCGACGUCCGCGUAAGGCCCUUGAACAAGGACAGCGGCACGUCGUACAACCGACUGGUCGCGGCCACCGGUACGUUGUCCUGCGAUCGCUGCGCUUUCACUCGACAGCAUGUUGCAAUUCGUACCCACCGGUGUGAUGGGACGUCGUCCGAGGUCGUUGUGCUCCUUCCCGGCCUCGAGGCGAACCAUGUUCCGGUCGGCACGCUGUCCAUCCGCCGCCGCGACGUAGUGCCUUUGCACCGUCUGGAUCACGGCUUCGAUCUCUGGAUGGGCCGACAGCAAUUGAUGGACCGCAGGCACCUGAGCAAACGUUACACUGUUUUUGACAAUGGCGGCGAUGAGGUCGGCGCCGACCCCCGCGCCUUCCAGUGCAGCCUUCGAUCGAGUAAGUCGUCGCGUGCGUCGAUGGAGCGGUCGCACCUCGCAUGCGUCGAGUUGCGGCGGCUGUCCCGCGGAAGCGACGACGCUCUGCACCUGCUGCUCGGCUUGCGCCCAUAGCACGUGCUUCUACAAUGGCCACAACGUCUUCAGGCGGCGCUGCUGCAACAGGACGCGUACGUUCUGCUGCAGAAGCUUCUUCUCGACUUGGAUCUCGUUCAGAAUGUCCUAGAAGCAAGCGUUCGUGAGAAUGGUGCGGUCAGCAUCCCCACGUACAUUCAACGUCCACGUGGUCGUGGCGGUCGUUGGCGCUUGCCCCAUCGACGGGAGCAAAUCCUUGACAAGGCCGACGUGGGGCACACUCUCUUCGAUCGCAACGUUCUUGUGGCCCUCGAGCACGUCGCGGCGCGCGGCCUGGAAUCGCUCGACGACGUCUUCGUACGUGCCGGGCGCGACGUGAUGCAAUUUGUCGCCAACUUUGGCCAGCGGAUCGGCCACGAGGUCGACGAUGGUCGGGUUCACCACGAUGUUCUUGUUGCUCUUGCUCCGCACGAACGGCGACAUGGUGUGUAGGCGCUGGUACAUGGUCCGCAGCGACGGAAGCGGCGUGCGGCGCGGGUUGGCAUCGUCUCGCAUCGGCGGCGACGUUUUCUUAUGGCGAAACCUCCGUAACUGCACGAACGCCAUCCAUUUUGGACCUCGCGACGAUUGCGACCAAAUCUUUACUAAAUCACUGGCUUAUGCGUCCCACCGAGACCGUUUGGGUGGCCGGGAAGGUCUGUCGUCGUUUCUAGGAGCUGGCAUGGUCACGGCUUUGUCCUGCGGCAGUGGCGAAAUGUCCAUCUCGACGACCACGUUGGUCGGAGUGCCGACGGUCGGCGAUUCCCCCGGGACGAGAAGCGCGGACGUGUUGGUCGAGAGCUUGACGCGGGCGGCGUCCUGCUGGAUAUCUACUGCUGCACAUGAGACCAUCGGCUAGCGACGUAUGCAAGCAAAACAGUAGCAAGCACGUACCUGGC